AUGAGUCCGCAAUGGAUCCCACAGAAUAUUCAGAAACGACUUCUACUAUAUGUUCUACAACAAUUAUCACUAUUCUCUGAAAUUGAUUUACCAAAUCUUGAAGAAGUAUCAUUAAAUAAUAUUAUACUAAGAAAUGUACUUAUAGAUCCUGAAAAAGUUGGGAAAUUACCGGGAUGUAAUUUCCGAUUUGGACAAGUUGGAAGUCUUGAAUUAAAUACUCAAUCAGGUGGAGGUAUAAUUGGGAGUGGAGGAGUUAAUAUUGAUGCUAAAGAUGUUGAAGUAGUUAUAUCACCUGAUUUUGAUAUAGAUGAAGAUAUUAGUAAAGAAGUGCAGUUUUCUUUAGCCCAAUCAACGGCUGAUUUAGCCAAUACAAUCAUCUUGGAAGAUGAUAGUGAUGAACAUCAUGAUAAUGAUAAUGAUAAUGAACCCUCACCUCGAUCUCGAUCUCGUUCUCGUUCACGUUCACGAUCCAAUUCGAAUUCUUCCGGAUUCUCAUCAUCAUUUAAUAGACCAUCAGCAUUAAGUAGUGUUAUGACUAAAGCCGUAGAUAUGGCAUUACUGAGAUUACAAAUUAAAAUAACUAAUUUAAAUAUUAAAGUAGUUUCUGAUAAAAAAGAUCUACUAUUAAAGAUUGAAGAAGUGAUUUUCAAUACGUCAGAAGGAACUCGAGUUGCUAAAGUAUCCAAUGUCCAAGUUAUUACCUUAAAGCCAAAGGUUAAUCCAGGAGAUUUGGGUAAACUGGGUUCUAAGGGGAAAGGUCGAGAGAAGGGAAAGGAUGAAGAAGACGAUGAGGAUGAGGAUGAGGAUGAGGAUGAUGAGGAUUAUGGAUAUGGAGAAGAAUCACUUAUGGAUAGUAUGGUAUUUACUCAUGAAGAAGCUAGUUCUAUCUAUAUGAGUGCUACUUCACAGUCAUUUCCUAAACCUGAUAGUAAUGAUAGUAAUAAUGAUAAUAGUAAUAAUCCUGAUAAUGGACAUUCAGCUCCGAGUAUUUUCCAUAUGGAUGAAUGUUUAAUAUCCUUUGAUGGACUCACCAAUAUAUCUGAUCUUAUAAUAGAUAUUGGACAUAUAAAAGUUGCCUGUACGCCAUUUACUCCGACAUUAAUUUCAAUCUUUGAAGGAAUAACUAGAAGUAUUAAACUUAAGAGUCUACAAAAGAGGAAACAAGAAGCGAUACGAAAGCAACAACAAAAUUCUCGAUUUCCUCAAUAUGCUAAUGAAAGUGAUGAAGUAAUUAUUGAAGAAGAUGAGAAAUUACAAGAAGAAAUGGAUGCCUUCUUUAAUAAAUUACAUAUAAAUGAUAUCACAUUUAGUGCUACGGCUGCUCUUGAUUCAGCGGGACAAUUCACGUGUCCUGAGAAUGGAAUCAACUUUGUAUUUCAUAAUCUAAACAUUAAACAAAAGAAUGAACUGUUGAUUUAUGGAGGCGUAGAAGCAUUUAAAAUCUUUCAUUUUGUUAGGGGCAAGUGGGAGGAUUUAUUUUAUUUUGAGCCGGCCAAACCACCAGAACCAUCAACGACUACGGCUACGGCUACGGCUACUGCUACGGCUACUGCUACGGCUACUCCACCUCCAGUAAGACCUCAAUCACCCCUGAGUAUUCUGUCUGGUACUUCCAAUUCAUCAAAGACUACGGUUCGAGCAGAUGUUCGAUUUGAAGUAUUUAAGAAGUUUGAGGAAGGCUUCUUCAAAGUAGAGAAUACCUUAUUAUUCUCCAAGACGGCCAUAUUCAAUGUGGAUCUUUCUAGUAUAUUAAUCUUAUCUAACUUUGCGGUUGGUUUAGGAUCUAUUCAUGAUAGUUUAAGUCAAUUAAGAAAUCAAAUAGAGUCUAUUAAUCGGAAUAAUGAUAAGUUAUCUAAAGUUAAAUCAAAUGAUAUACCUACCAAUUAUCAAUUUAUAUUACAAACGGCUCCCAUAAUCAUUAAUAGUCAAUUUAAUGAAGAAUUAGAAUUGAAAUUUCUUAUAUUUCCUGCCUCAUUCAAUCUCCUAAAGGCUCAUCUUCAUAUACCUAAAGUAUUAGUUAGUCAAUUACCCAAGGAAGAAGAAUCCUUAAUAAUCAUUAAUGGAAUUGAAUUAUGGACUAAGAAUCAUGAAUUUCGAGCGUUUAUAAAUCGUGCUGAUAAUGCGUAUCCUCGAGAGAUUAAACUUAAUUCAGAGUUAAAUCUUAUUAUAGAAAAGAUUACUAUAACCAGCAGCCUAAUUCAAUUGAAAAGUGUAAUAAAUCAAUUAAUGCUAUUUCUUGAGAAAUUCCAUCAAUUGUCAACUAUUCAGUAUAAUUCCCUUGAGAAUUCAUUUCUUGAUUCGACUAAGAUUAAGCUAGAGAAUUCCCAAUUAUUACAAUCGGUUCUUUAUAAUAAUCAUAGUAGAAGUAUCCGAAAGGGGUUUAAUAGUAAUCGUAUGGGGAUGGGAAUGGGAAUGGGAAUGGGAAUUGGUAAUAAACAGAAUGCUGCAAAUUUCCGAAUUCUAAUUAAACAAUUACAAGUAAAUAUCUUGGAUGUGUUGCCUAAAUUGGGAGAUUUUAAAUUGGCUGUUGAUCAGAUCCAAUUCUAUAAAUUAACUGAUGGAUUUCAAGGCUCAAUCACGGGCUUAAAUAUUGUUAGAGUCGGAGAGAAUCAUCAAGAUAUUCUAUUACAUCAUUUUGAAUUCUUGGGCAGUUCCGAAUUGAGUUAUCCAUUAAUUCUUAUCCAUUGUAAAACUACAGAAAAGAUUAAUAGUAUAGAUAUAACAUUAAGAAACUUAUUGAUAGAGUAUUAUACUCAUUGGUUAACAUAUCUUGGAACUGAAGAUAUCCCCGCCAAUGAAGAAGAUUUGGCCGAACUUUUAGUGGAUAAUGUUAAACCUCCUAUUCCUUCAAAUAAUCUGAAACGAUUUGAUAUUAGAUAUACUUUACAUGAUUGUAUUAUUGGAUUAAAUCCCGGAAGACUCGAAUGUAAAUCAUAUUUAAUUAUUGAAAGGGGUACAGCCGAUGUUACAUUUGGUAUAAAUCAAUUUUAUAUUAAAUGUUCAUUUAAGAAUGUUGUAUGUUUAUUAAUUGAUGAUAAACAUCAUAUUGAUAAGUCUAGUAUUCCUAAACGAAUUAAAGUAUCUGAUUCUCGAUUGGCUGGUCCAUCUUCAAAUUAUAUAUCUCCAUUAGAUUAUUACUUAUCUAUGGGAUAUGUAUCAAUUGCAAGAAUUAAUUCUAUUCAUAUUGGGAUAACUUUUAAUACGGAUGUGAAUGCAGUUUUAGAAAGAAAUCAGAAAUUAAAGAUUGAAGAGAAUUUGGCUCUUGUGGAUUUAAAACUUAAUUUAGAUGAACUUCAGGCGGGUCUAUGCGCCGAUUCGACUCAUGUAUUAUUACAAUUAAUUAAUGAUUUGAAGUUACCAUUGAAUUUCAAAGAUGAAGAUAAGAUUAGAGUCACGGUUAAUCAACCAAUAGAUCUAUUGAAUGAUGUGGAUGCUCAAGAGUUUCGAGUUAGGUUGGGCAGUAAACUGUCUCGAUCAUCGGAUGUGGAUUCUUAUGAAUCUCAGCCGGUGGAUCAAUCGAGUCUAUUGUUUAAAGAAGAUCACUUUACGAAGGACUCGGGGUCUAAGAAGCAGUCGGAAUCUCCUAAGAUAGAUCCUAUUCGAUUGAGUAUUAACUUAUCGAAGACUAAGAUCUUCUUAUACGAUGGGUACGAUUGGAGAGAAACAAGAGCUGCUAUACGAGGAGCAGUCAAACGAGUUGAAGAACAGGCUGAAGUGUCCAAGCUGAAAGGUGCUCGGAAUGACGAUGACGAUGACGAUGAGGAUGAGGAUGAUGAAGAGUAUGAUGAAGACGAAGACGAUGUGUCUGUGUUUGAAGAGACAUUGUUCCAAUCCAUCCAUGUGACUUUACCAAAGGAUAUAAGUCCAAAGGAAUUAACUGAGAACAUCAAUCGAGGCAUGCAGAAUGACCAUCCUUCAAAUAAUGAAGAUACUGCUAAGGCACAAGUCAAUAUCGAUUUAGGUAAGAAUUAUAAGAAUUUGAAAUUACGGCGAUCGAAUGUUCAUAAAGUAUUGAUUGAUUUAAAGAGUGUUAAAGCCAAUCUUGUGGUGUAUACUACGCGAGAUCCUCGGAAGGAAGAGCUAGUAGAAUCCAAUGAAUUUGAAUUAUUAAGUUCAGUUGAAAUCCGUUUAGGUACUAUUGAUAUUUAUGAUAAUGUACCUACAUCCACAUGGAAUAAAUUUUUAAGUUAUAUGAAUAUUUUAGGAGAAAGAGAAAUUGGUACAAGUAUGAUUAAAUUAACUAUUACUAAUGUAAGACCAGAUCCAUCAUUAGUAGCAGGAGAAGCAUUAAUGAAUUUAUCAAUUUUACCCCUUCGAUUACAUAUUGAUCGAGAUACUUUAGAUUUCUUAACUCGAUUCACUCUGUUUAAAGAUAAUCGAUUUGAUUUACCAUUAGAUGAAAUUGUUUAUAUUCAAAGAUUUCAAAUUAGUCCUAUUAAAUUAAAAAUUGAUUAUAAACCAAAGAAAGUUGAUUAUGCUGGUAUUAGAGCUGGUAAAACUUCAGAAUUAGUUAAUUUUUUUGUAUUAGAUGGUUCAACAAUUUCUUUAGAGAAAGUUGUUCUUCAUGGAAUCUUUGGAAUUCCUAAUUUAGCUAAACAAUUGGGUGAAGCAUGGGCUCCAAGUAUUCAACAGACUCAAAUCGCGGGAAUAUUAGCUGGGUUAUCACCUAUAAGAUCAAUUGUAAAUAUUGGAGGUGGAGUUAAAGAUUUAAUUGCUAUACCAAUUACAGAAUAUAAACGAGAUGGUAGAUUACUUCGAAGUUUACAAAAGGGUGCUAAAUUAUUUGCAAAAACUACUGGUUAUGAAAUUUUAAAUUUAGGAGCAAAAUUAGCUUCGGGAACUCAAGUUUUAUUAGAACAAGGUGAAGAAUUCUUUGGAGGUGAAGGUUCAUCAGCUCGACUGCCUGGGAUUAUUAAACAUCAAAAGGAUUUAAUAUCUAAACCUCCUUCUACUACUAAAUUAGAAAGACCUCGUAAACCUAAAAGACCGACUCAAUCGGAUGGAAAUGCCUUAUUGGCAAGAUCUUUAUUACUUAAUCAAAGUACAAGAUUAGAACGAGAUCAAUAUGGUAGUAAGAAAAUGUAUUCAUAUUAUGAAUUAGAUGAUGAUGAAGAUAAUGAUGAAGAUAUUGAUGGAGAUUCAGAUCAUUCAUUAGGUGGAGAAGGAGCAGAAUUAUUAAAUCGAUCAUUAUUCUUAUUGAAUGAUGCUAAUCUUGAACCUUCAAAGAAAGAGGAGGAAGAAGACGAAGAGCAAAUUGAAUAUGAUGAAGAUAAUGAUUAUGAAGAGAUUGAAGAUAAAUUAGUUAGUUUAUAUUCUAAUCAACCAGAAAGUGCUAAAGAAGGAUUAGUAUCCGCUUACAGUUCAUUAGGUAGAAAUUUGAAUUUAACUAAAAAACAAAUUAUUAAUUUAAGUAAUGAAUUAAAUGAAACUGAUAAUCUUCAAGAUGCCUUUUUAACCGUAUUAAAAUCAUCACCAGUUAUAUUAAUUCGUCCAAUUAUAGGUACAACAGAAGCAAUUUCAAAGACUUUAAUGGGUUUAGGUAAUGAGAUUGAUUCUAAACGUAUAAUUGAAUCGAAAGAUAAGUAUAGAUAUAAUAAAAAGGGGGAAGGAGACGAUUACGAAUAUAACGAAUAA